AUUUUGAUGAUAUGCAAGAAAUAGUAUAGAAGGAUUAGUGUUAUUCAUAUCAGAGUAUUGAGGUAGAGAGAUGAAUUAAAAAAAUAGUAAAACUUUAUUAAAAGUUAGCCAAUAAGAAAAUAGAACAAUAAAGAAUCUAGAUGAAGAUGUGUUCUACAUACUUAAUCCAUAAAGGAACAAUCCUAACAAAAAAUCAAGAAAUUAACUAGGUAUUUUAAGACAUAUGAGGAUCAGUAAACUUUUACUCAUAUUUGCAUAGGUGCAACAAAAAGUAACUGUUCAAUUGAUAGGAAAUGAAAUCUGAAAUUUGGAAGAUUACUUGUCCUAUGUAACCUAGCAAAGUGAAGGCUUGCAAAAAUACAUUCGGAAAAUUAUUCAUAUUCAUCAGAUAAAUAAUAAGUUGACACAUAAUCUCAAAAAAAUUUCAAUCUAGAUCAUUUUAAACCAAUUUGAAUCAACUACCUAAAAAUACUUAUACAAUAGAAGAUGCGGAAGUUAUUUGGAAGAAAAAAUAUAGUAUAAAAAAAAUUAUGAAUGCAAUUUCAGUAAACAAUGGCUAGAAGGAGAAAUUUGGGUUUUUAGAAGUAAUUUGAUAAUAUAAAUAAUUAAUAUGGAUAGAUUAAAAGAUAUCGAAAGUAUGGCGCAUGGACAUGCUGGUGCCUUGGCUGGUCUCUUUUCUACUUGCCUACUUUAUCCUCUUGAAAACAUCAAAACAAGAAUGGCUGCAUCAUAAUAAAAAGAAGUCAUACAAGAGGUCAUUAUUAAAGUUUGGGAUUAAGAAGGGCUUUGGGGAUUUUUUAAAGGAGUUACUCCUUUAGCAUUAGGCAACUAUAUUUCAUAUGGAGUCUACUUUUUUUGGUACACAUAUUAUAUUUUAUGAGAAGGUAUGAGUAUUUUAAACAUUUGUUUAAAACAGAUAUUUCAAAUUCAUUUGCCUUAAUCAAACCAUCAUUAGCAUCAGCUAUUCUCACAACAUUCGUAACAAAUCCGUUUUGGGUUGUGUAAUCGAGAAUGACAAUCAGCAAAGAUAACCUUAAUUUUUUUUAGAAGACCAAGUAAAUUAUUGAAAAAGAAGGAUGGGAGGCCUUAAUGAAGGGUUUAUAGGCCUCGCUUAUAUUAACAAUAAAUCCUAUAAUUCAAUUUGUUAUUUAUGAAGCAUUUAAAAGAAGAUUUUAAUAUGCAGAAAAUUAAGCCUUAGUUAAUUUUAUUGGAGGAGCAAUAUCAAAAGCCAUUUCCACAAUUUUAACAUAUGUUUAGAAUUUAUAGUUUAUUAUUAGCCUUAUCAACUUCUGAGGACAAAAACACAUAUCAAGAAAAAUAGUUCAAAAUCAUAUUUUUCAGCAGCUGAAAAGAUCCUAAAAAAUGAAGGGAUUCAAGGAUUAUUUAAAGGUGAACCAUUAUCAUUUAUUAUUUAGGAUUGACACCAAAAUUGUGUUAAUCAGUAUUAAAUUCAGCAUUUUUGCUUAUGUUUUAUGAAAAAAUAUAUGAAAUCAUCAAAUAAGGAAUAAUUCUUAUCAUAAUUGAAAUUUUGAAAUAUCGCAAGAAAAUAAGAAAACUUUAGAAGUUAAAAUGAU